AUGGGAGAACUUGAACAAGUACGAAAUAAAUCUAAUCAGAAAAUUCCUUUGAAAUUUACCAAAGAUUCAGCAUAUGUGUCAUUUGAAUUUGCUCUACGAGCUGCUGUUUUUGUUGCUACUAAAUUCCGUCCUGACAUUUUACAACUGAAUCAGCUUUCAUUUCGUUUAAAUAUGGACGGUACUCUAAUGGGUAACAAACAUGUUGUUGCUAUAUCAGUCAAUUGUGUUGAUGGAGGACCAUCUUGUCAUACUGCUAAAAAGCUAGUACCUGUUGGAUAUCAAUCUGAACCAUUUUUUGGCGAUUUAUUUGAGUUCAGUGAUUAUGUUAUGGACACUCUUCAUAUGCGAUUGGGAAUAUUUGAUAUUAUUUUAAAAGAUAUUUUCGCCGAAGCGUCACGUACAGGAGAGUAUGAGCCAGUACAUACAAAAAAAUUAGAAGAAAAACUCGAAAUCUUAAACAAGCAUUCUAUUGCUACUAUAGGAAAGCGUUUUUUCUUCAAAUUAGAGACAGAAAAUAAUGUAAAAACGAUUGUACCUUGUGGACGCUUUUCCGGCCAUUUACAACAAUCAUUCUUUGUCGAUUCAUUCCCAUAUGAGAAAAUUAUUGAAAAUGAGACCAUUUCUAAAAAUGCAAAAAAUCUAGUAGAGAAAUUUAAGUUCAUGAUUCAACUGAUUAAAACAAAGAAAUCUAAGAGAACAAGUGCCUUAGCUGAUGUGGCCAAAUCUUUUGUAAAAGAUUUUCGCCAAUCAGGAUUAAGAACUGGAUGUACACCUUACAUGCAUUUGAUUGGUAAUCAUUUAGCUGAACAGGAUGAAAAUGAAAACUCGACCGCAUAUGACAUGCAAGGGGUUGAAAAGUCAAACGACUUGCUUUCGCGUCUUUACUUCUCCUCUAGUAAUCGAGCGAAAAAGCCAUUACGAACAAUGAUGCAGAGUUUAUAUAGACGACUGGAAAUUAAUUUUACAGAUCCUAAUGAGCGAGUAGAAAUGGCUCGAUAUGCAUUGAAUGGAACAUUUGACGAAGUCGAUAGCGAUGAGGAUGAAAAUGUCACUGAUUCUGUAUUGAAUCAUUCUAUUGAACUGAACAAGUCAAAUGAAUGUUCUACUGAUGACAGCGAUAUUGACGAAUCUGUUAUUGAAACUGAUGACGAAAACUUGGACCAAGCACCAGCCUAUGUAACUCAAAGCUAUUCUAGAAUGAAUCGAUGUGAGAACCGUUGGAAAAGCUUUAAAAGAGCAUCAUUUUUUUCUUCAAUUCAAUAUUACAUUGCUUUCUUAUACCCUCCAUUAUGGCCGGUAUCAGUGCAGUGA